UGCUGAGUUCACUAAUGUAUCAUUAACUCCUAAUCCAUUGAUUCGUGGAAAGGCAUAUCAUAUACAAGGAACUUCUGAUAUCAAGAAAACCAUACAAUGGGGUAUACUGCAUAUCACAAUGACAUAUAAUUUCAAGAAUUAUACUAAUAUUACUUUUGUCGAUGAGAAGUACAAUUUAUGUGACUUCCUUGUUGAUUUAUUGAAACUACACUGUCCAGUACCACCAGGAAUAUAUCCGCUCAAUUAUACUGAUACAAUACCAAAGCUCUUUUGGCAAGGUAGGUAUUACGCCAAAGCUACUGCAUACAAUGAGGAAGGAGAGGAAAUGAUGUGUCAAAUGAUAGACGUUAAUAUAAAUGAAUGACUUGAAUACAUUGUGAAGAUUAAAACUUUAAAGUGCUUGUUUUCUUAG